AUGACGACUUACAUACCUUCUUUGACGCUGCCAGCGUUCAUCUUUGAGCAGCCAGCGGCCUCUAUCUUGUUGCCGGUUGCUGUCGGAUCGGCGAUCGGCUACUCAAUCAGCCCAAAGAAAACUCAAGCCAGCUACAAUGCGAUGCGUCAGCCACCAUUUCACCCGCCGGGAUGGGUAUUUGGGCCCGCCUGGACUUUUCUGUAUGGAGCAAUGGGCUACGGCGCAUACCGCGCGUGGACUGUCGGAAUGGCCAGCUUCGAUCCGGAUAAGAUUGCACUUACGAGGCACGCUGCCACAGUCUAUACCAUACAGCUCCUCCUCAACUGGGCAUGGACUCCACUGUGGUUCAAAUGGAAGAAGCCUAUCCUUGCCUCGAUUGACAUUGUCGCCUUGACGGGCUUGACUGCCUACUUGACGAGUGUAUGGGCAAAGAUCGAUGAACGUGCUGCUUGGACCCUCGCCCCUUACCUUGCAUGGCUCACUUUCGCCAACUACCUAUGUCAUGGUGCUGGCUAUUUGAACGGUUGGGAUUUUUCGGAUCAGAAGGUCAAACCAGCAUAG